AUGAUUGAAAAGCAUAAAAUAUUCACCUCAUUCUUUAUAUUUGGUUUAUUAAACAAUAUACUAUAUGUUAUAAUAUUAUCUGCUGCUAUAGACUUAGUUGGUUCAUCAACUCCAAAAGCAAUUGUAUUGUUAGCUGAUAUUUUACCAUCAUUUACGAUAAAGCUUGUUUCUCCAUUUUUCAUUCAUUUCAUACCGUAUAAUUUUAGAUUAUGGACGUUGGUAGGUUUAUCCUCAUUUGGAAUGUUGCUUAUUUCGUCUACUUAUAGUUUUAAAAUAUUUGGUAUUAUUUUAGCUUCUUUAUCUGCUGGUUUAGGUGAAGUUAGUUUUCUACAAUUGACACAUUAUUAUAAAGAGAAAAAUUCAAUAGCUGGUUUUUCAAGUGGUACUGGUGGUGCUGGAUUAGCUGGAAGUUUUUUAUUCAUGUUGUUGACCAAUUUAUUGAAAAUAAGGAUUUCACUUGUCUUGUUAUCAUUUUCAGUAAUUCCAUUUGGUUUCAUCUUUGUAUAUUAUGGGUUACUACCUCCAAAAAUAAUUGAAUAUGAAGCUAUAGAGGAAGAAGAAACAAUUGAUAUAUCGUCAUUUAGUUUUAAUUCAACUAUUGAGAAAAUCAAACCUUUGGUUAUUCCAUAUAUGAUUUCACUUACAACUGUAUAUAUUUCAGAAUAUGUAAUCAACCAAGGAAUAUCACCAACUUUGUUAUUCCCUAUUGAGGAGUUGCCAAAUUGGUUAUUUCAAACUUAUAGAGAUAUUUACGUCGUUUAUGGAUUCUUAUAUCAAUUGGGAGUAUUUAUAUCGAGAAGUUCCACAAUCUUUGGCUUUAGAUUUAAAAGAUUGUAUGUAUUAUCAUGGUUACAAUUUGUCAAUGUCAUAAUUUGUCUAAUACAAUCCAUGUACAAUUUCCCAUUUAAAACUAUUUGGUUAUUAAUGAUAGUCAUAUUUUAUGAAGGUUUAUUGGGUGGUUUAUCUUACGUUAAUACAUUUUUAUCAGUUAGCGAAGAUAUACCAAAAUCUAGAAGAGAAUUUAGUAUGGGUUCAGUAAGUUUAAGUGAUAGUUUGGGUAUAGUUUUAGCAGGAUUGAUAAAUUGGUGGCUUGAACCAAAAUUGUGUAAUCAUCAGGUUAAUAUUGGAAGAGAUUGGUGUAAGACUGGAUAG